CGCAUGCGCUGGGAGGCAGUACUGUCAUGGGCCAGGUCAUGGAGGUAUUGUGUUGGGACAGACAUGUAGGAGCACCACUCAGAUGCACACGGCUACUGCAGGACCUCAGUUGUUAAAUUCAGCUAGCUUUCUGGCUAAACGCUCAGGCUGCCUCUGAUGUUGACUCUCCAGGAUGAAUGACAUGAACCUCAGUCCUGUGGGCAUGGACCAGCUCAGCGUGCCCUCAGUGAGUGCCAGCCACCUGGGUCUGCCCACCUCCCCCACGCACAAUCCCAUUCCCACUCCAGGUAUGCCAGUGGCCAUCCCCAGUCUGGGUCCUUCCCUUGGUUCUCUCCCUUCAGCCUUGUCUCUGAUGCUCCCCAUGGGUCCACUGAGUGACAGAGGGGUGAUGUGCGGCCUGCCUGAAAGGAAUUACUCCUUGCCCCCUCCACCAUACCCUCACCUGGAAAGCAGCUACUUCCGACACAUACUGCCAGGUAUUCUUUCCUACCUGGCAGACCGUCCUCCACCUCAGUAUAUUCAUCCCAGCAGCCUUAACAUGGAUGGGACCCUGUCUGUGCCCAGUAACAAUUCCUCAGGUCUGGAUCCCUACAGUGGCCCCGGAGGCCCACUGGAGCAGGGCCUGGUGCCCAUGGACUCCAGACAAGUUAGUGGUCAGGCAGACCUUCACCAGACGGGUGCUCAUGAGCUGGACUCUACAGGGCUGGCCAUGGAGUCACGUGUCAGCAGUCCCAUGUCUCCUGAGCGGAUGGGGGAGGAAUUGGCCUCAAUGGAUGGAGUCGGAGUAGUGCCGGUGCCUGACACCCAGCAGCAGCUCGGAGGGGGAAGGCAGCCCCAGCCUCACGAGGGCCUGACAGGGGUGGACUCUUCUGGUGGGGUGAUGCCCCUGCAUGGACCCCCUGUGCUUGAAUUGCCAGUGGUAAUGGAACAGGAUCACAUGGGGGGGCGAGUGGGCAACUCGGGGGGAGGGGGAGCAGGAGGACUUGGGGAGCAACUCCACACGAACGGGGAGCUAAACUCAGGCGUAGUAAGUGUGGUACUCACCGGCUCCAUGGCCAACCAGAACCAGCUGGAGCCUGUGUCUCUGCAUGGACAUUCUGGGAUGGGGCUGGAGGCCGUUAACGUGUCCCCCAUAACUGCUGAGGUUUCUCUGGGGCCGGAAAACAACCUGGUGCUGGUGAACUCGACGCUGCAGCUCGAGGAUUCCUCUUCCAACAAGGAGAACAUGGUCAAUGCUUACAGCAUCUGGUGCACACUGUGUGAGUGCUCAUAUACCUCAGACUGUCCUGAGCAUGGCCCAGUCACUUUCAUCCCAGAUGCUCCCAUCCAAAGCCGGGCUCGCCUCUCUCUCCCGCGUCCGCUGUGCCUGCGUAUCUCUGUUGCCGACGAACCGCUCGGAGUUUUUGCACGGGACGUCAUUCCACCAAGGACCUGUUUUGGACCAAUGGUUGGCCAGCAUUGUAGCAACGUGGACCUCUCUGAUUGGCCGGAAAAGGACACACCUCAAAUAUGGAAGAUGUACCACAACAAUGUGCUAGAGUUCUGCAUCGUGACAACAGAUGAGAACGAAUGCAAUUGGAUGAUGUUCGUCCGCAAAGCUCGGACACAUGAAGAGCAGAAUCUGGUGGCAUACCCUGCUAACGGUAAACUCUUCUUCUGCACAACCACUGAGAUCCACCCGGAUCAGGAGCUGCUCUUCUAUUACAGCAGAGACUACUGCAGGCUGAUGGGUGUUACACAGGUACCCGAGGGUCAGAUCUGCCAGUGUGGCAAAGAGUGCUCCUCCUUCUCUGACCUUAAGUCUCAUCUUGGCAGCCAUAACAGUAACCACAGCCAUACCCAGCCUCCACACAGCCACAGCCCAUCACAGCAGGACCACAAUCAACAACAGCAACCACCAACUCAGCAGCAACAGCAACAGGAGCAGCAGCCACAGCAACACUCUCACCAGGAAGAGAAGUUGACAAAUGAAACCUCUAGCUCCUCCUCUUCCCCGUGGCCCUGUCACAACCCUGCUGCAGGGCAGACAAACACUGACAACGGCGCCAGCAGCGGGGGCGGCAGUGAUAGAAACUCUGAUAACAUUACCUCCAGGGCAAAAGGUCAGGGCCAUGUGCGGGAGAAGAAAUUCAAAUGCAGCAUGUGUACCCGGGCGUUCAUUACAUCCACUAAACUCAAGGUGCACUUCAUGGGCCAUGUGGGGAUGAAACCUCACAAGUGCGAGUACUGUAGCAAAGCCUUCAGCGACCCCAGCAACCUCAGGAUGCACCUGAAGAUUCACACAGGUCAGAAGAACUACAGAUGCACAGUCUGCGAGAAGUCGUUCACCCAGAAGUCCCACGUGGCGUCGCACAUGCUCAUCCACACCGGGGCGGAGAAGCUCAAGUGUGACCUCUGCGAUCGAGCGUUCAUCAGGAAACACGACCUGAAGCAGCACAUGUUCUCUCACACUCACGAGCGGCGGAUUCAGUGCCCAAAGUGCAACAAACACUUCCUCAAGACCAACCACCUGAAGAAGCACAUGAACUCUCACGAGGGCCGCCGAGACUUUGUGUGCGAGAAGUGCAACAAAGCCUUCCUCACCAAAUACCACCUCACACGCCACCUCAAGAUCUGCAAAGGGCCCAAGACAGAAAGGGGGUCCCGCAAGGAGCAGGACGCUGACGAAGACGAGGAAGAGGAGGAGGAGGAUGACAGCAGAAGAGGAAGAGAGAGACUGGUUGACUCGGCCAAUAGCGAAGACUGCGGUUUAGAUGUCGGUGGAUAUGACUCUGAAAAGUCCCUGUCACCGCCUCAGUGACAACACUGUGCCUGUUGAGAUGUUUUAUUUAUUUAAGUUCACAAAACUAUCGAUGUUUACCUCUCGUUUUUGCCAAAUAUAACUUUCUGAAUAUAUAAUAACAUAUUUGGCCAUCAGUACAAUUGAACUGCCACAUUUUUGUCUAGUGUCUCACAAGAGCUGCUAAAAUAAUCUGAGAUCUGACUGUAUUUUCUUUCCUCUCAUGACUCAGGCCUGUGUAAUUACUGGUUUUCGGGUUUCAUAUAAGCUAUCAUUUAUUCAUUAUUUUUCCCUUAAUCUUAAUUCUUUAGCUCACUCAGUAAUGUGGCUGAUAAGCCUUUUUUUGCUACACAGUAAUAUGGUAGGCAUUUAUGGUGCAUUAUCCCACACUGAGUGUUAAAGCAAUGUUGCAGCUUUAUACUGUGUAAUGCAUAUUUUAAUAAACGAACAACUGU